CAGAGAAAAGGAAAGAAAAUAAAUCUGGCAAAUCUUGUGGGAUUGAGGGCUCGCUCUUCCUCGAAGCAACCUUCACCUGAUUUGAACGACGACGACGAGGAGUGCAGGCCUUGGCGUCGCAGAUUAACCAUGGCUUUCUCCUGGGCCUCUGCCCUCAGGAUCACCAUUUUCCUCCUUCUCCUCGCCGCUGUUAUUGUCGCUUGUUUCACUCUCCCUGUCGAAAAGAUGAUGAAGGAUUUCUUAUUAUGGGUUGAGCAUGAUCUUGGGCCUUGGGGUCCACUUGUUCUGGCGGUUGCUUACAUUCCUUUGACUGUCUUGGCAGUUCCAGCUUCAGUACUUACUCUUGGUGGUGGUUAUCUUUUUGGGCUUCCAGUGGGCUUUGUUGCUGACUCUAUUGGUGCAACUGUUGGUGCAGGAGCUGCAUUUCUUCUUGGUCGAACUAUUGGGAGAUCAUUUGUUGUUUCUAAGUUGAAGGAUUAUCCGCAAUUUAGAUCAGUGGCAAUUGCAAUUCGUAGAUCUGGCUUUAAGAUUGUGUUGCUACUUCGGCUUGUUCCACUACUUCCAUUUAACAUGUUAAAUUAUCUCUUGUCGGUGACUCCUGUUUCAAUAGGGGAAUACAUGCUGGCUUCCUGGUUAGGAAUGAUGCCAAUAACCCUGGCACUUGUAUAUGUUGGGACAACUCUUAAAGAUCUUUCUGAUGUGACUCAUGGUUGGAGUGAGUUCUCAAAGACUCGUUGGGCGUUUAUCAUUUUUGGACUCGUAAUAUCUGUGGUUCUGAUGAUACUUGUUACUAAAGUUGCCAAGUCUGCUCUAGAUAAAGCCUUGGCUGAACAUGACGAUAUUGAUGGAAUUACGCCCUCGCCAGAAUUACCCAUUGUUGCUGAACCAUCUGCAGAUCUUAACCAACCUCUCAUAAUUAAGAUAGAUCCUACUGAAGAAGACAGUCAUGAAAAGUAAAUCCCUUUUUGUGUAAAUUCUUUCUCCACCCUACCUUUCUAACUGAUAUGCUUACAUUUAAAGUUUAAGCGGUAGCUGCUUUCUCCUGUUUAAUUGUGAUUUGUACAGUUUCAAUUUCAACAUUAGAAAUAUAGUUGUGGCAGAACUGGUUAAUCCUGCAAUCAAGAUCAGAUUAUUGACUAAUAUGUAUCUUUUUGUCAACAGCAGAAAAGUUCAUGCUUCCUAUUCUCUUCAUUAUUUUGUACUUUUCA